AUUAUAUAUUCCUUUUUUAGGGAUCUGAUUAUGGAGGUUAACGAUGUAAACCAAGUGCUUAUUCGCUUAGUAAAACAGCACCCCAAUUUGUACGAUAAAUCUCUGACAUCGUACAGAGAUAAUGAAAAAAAAGAUCGGUCUUGGGCAAGCAUUACGAUCGAUUUUAAUAACAGUACAGGAUACAAAGCGGAAGUUGCUCAAGUGAUAUCACAGUGGAAGGAAUUAAAAAGCUGCUACAUGAAUUAUGUAGCAGAACUAAAAAAAUAUAUUCCAUCAGGUUCGGGUCAACAGCAACAAAAAGACCAAUGGAUUUAUUACACCGAAAUGGGUUUCUUAGAGGAUCAAGUUGAACAUAGGAGAACGAUCAGCACCCACCCGUUUGGAAAGGAAAAUACACAAGUAAAUCGUGUUACAGAGACACCUAUGCGUGACGAUGUGAUGAGUGGUGCUGAAGGAGGUGCAGGUAAUAUUUUUCAAAAUUUUCUAAUCUCUUCUCACUCAUCAAGUCAACAGAAUUUUGAAAAGCUUUCACAAACAUAUAUUGACAUUCUUUGGGACGCUUGGUGCAAAAUUCCUCCAACUAAAAGAAAAAACUGUUAUUUCGAUAUGGAGCAUUUAAUUAUUUCAAAAAAAAAUGAAGAGUAA